AGCUCGCGGGCAGCGUCCAGCGCCGGCGCAGUGCGUCCCGUGCCAGGCGAGUCUUGCCCGGGCAGAGAUGGCUCGGAAACGCGCGGCUGGCCGGGGCCCCCGCGGACAGACGGCCAAGGGCGAAACCAAAGCCCGGCGCAAGGAGGAGGAGGCGGACGUCGUCAAAGAUGAGAAACCACGGAAGAAGAGCCCUCCCACAAAAGUUGCCCGAGGAAAGAGGAAGAGAGGCUGCGGUGAUGCUGGGAGCUCAGCAGACGGUCCAGUGACAAGGAAGGCGGCCAAGGUUUCAGUGAAAUCUGAAGAGCCCCAGGCUGUAAAGGAUGAAGCCCUCAGCGAAGGGGAAGAUUUCAGGGGCUUGCCGAGCGCCCGCAGGAAGGGCCAGCCCCCGGAGCGAGAGGCCGCUGCGGACAAAGGCAGCUGCAAGGGGGACGAUGAGGAAGACAGCGAGGAGGACUGGGAAGAGGUGGAAGAAGUUAGUGAGCCCGUGCCGGGUGCCGUGGGGGAAAGCGCAGCCUUCUCUGCAUCUGCUCUGCCCGUGAAGCCAGUGGAGAUAGAGAUUGAGACACCGGAGCAGGUGAAGGCCAGAGAAAGAAGUGAAAAGAUCAAAAUGGAGUUUGAGACGUAUCUUCGGAGGAUGAUGAAACGUUUCAGUAAGGAGGUUCAUGAGGACACGCACAAGGUUCACCUGCUGUGUCUGCUGGCAAACGGCUUCUACCGAAACAGCAUCUGCAACCAGCCAGACCUGCAAGCCAUUGGCCUCUCCAUCAUCCCAACGCGCUUCACCAGAGUGCCACCCCGAGACGUGGACGUCUCCUACCUGUCCAACCUGGUGAAAUGGUUCAUCGGGACAUUCACAGUGAAUGCGGAGCUCUCGACCAACGACCAGGACGGCCUGCAGACGACGCUGGAGCGGAGGUUCGCCGUUUACUCGGCAAGAGACGAGGAGCUGGUCCAUAUAUUUUUGCUGCUUCUCCGGGCCCUGCAUCUCCCUACCCGCCUCGUACUGUCUCUGCAGCCAAUUCCUCUGAAGUUAUCAGCAGCGAAGGGAAAGAAACCUUCCAAGGAAAGAUCCACAGAGGCGCCUGGGGGCUCCUCAGAAGACUCCAGCCACGCUCCGGGAAAGCCCAGCAAAGGAAGCCGAGGAGACGACGCGUCUUCUGGGGGCGCUGGUGGGGCCCGUGCCAGAGGGAAGGGGGGCAAGGCGGCCGAAGGCAGGAGGCCACGGGGGGAGUCCCCGUCCAGCGGGGAGGAUGCGGGCCAGGCUCGGGGACAGAGACGGGGGACCCAGAGGCGAGUGCAGUCCCGGAGGCGGCAGGCGGCUGCCAGGGUGUCUUACAAGGAGGAGAGCGGGAGCGGCGCAGCCAGCAGCGGCUCUGACUUUGAGCCUUCCAGCGAGGACAGCUGCCGCCCGUCCGAUGAGGAUUCCGAGCCCAGCUUGCCCAGGCGGCGGAGUGCCCCCGCCCCUCAGAGAAUGAAGGCGGGGUCCAAGAGCAGGUCCAAGUCCCAGCAUGGAAGCCGCCAUCCGCCCCCUGGCUUCGCAGAAGCAUCGGCCAGCGCUGCGGGCAGUAAGCUGGAGAGGGGCAAGAAACCGUCGGGGGCCGGUGGGAAGGCAGGCAGCGGGCAGGGGGCUCCCGGCGUGGACCAGUGGCUGGAGGUGUUCUCAGAGCGCGAGGAGAAGUGGGUGUGUGUGGACUGUGUGCACGGCGUGGUGGGCCAGCCCCUGACCUGCUACCAGUAUGCCACCAAGCCCGUGACCUACAUCGUGGGCAUCGACGGCACCGGCUGUGUGCGUGACGUCACGCAGAGGUACGACCCCGCCUGGCUGACGGCGACUCGCAAGAGCCGCGUGGACGCUGCCUGGUGGGCAGAGACCCUGCGCCCCUACCGGAGCCCGCUGGUGGACAGGGAGCAGCGGGAGGACCAGGAGUUUCAGGCGAAGCACCUGGACCAGCCUCUGCCCACCGUCAUCGGCACGUAUAAGAACCACCCUCUCUACGCCCUUAAGAGGCACCUCCUCAAGUUCGAGGCCAUCUACCCUGAGACGGCCGCUAUCCUCGGGUACUGCCGCGGGGAGGCCGUCUACUCCAGGGACUGCGUUCACACCCUGCACUCCAGGGACACGUGGCUGAAACAAGCGCGUGUGGUGCGGCUUGGGGAAGUGCCAUACAAGAUGGUGAAAGGCUACUCCAACCGUGCCCGGAGAGCCCGCCAGGCCGAGCCACAGCUGCAUGACUACAACGACCUGGGCCUGUUUGGCAGAUGGCAGACCGAGGAGUACCAGCCGCCGGUGGCCGUGGAUGGGAAGGUGCCCCGGAACGAGUUUGGGAACGUGUACCUCUUCCUGCCCAGCAUGAUGCCCAUUGGCUGCGUCCAGCUGAACUUGCCCAACCUGCACCGCGUCGCCCGCAAGCUGAACAUUGACUGUGCGCAGGCCGUCACCGGCUUCGACUUCCACAAAGGCUACUGCCAUCCCAUAACCGACGGCUACGUGGUCUGCGAGGAGUACAGAGACGUGCUCCUGACCGCCUGGGAGAACGAGCAGGCGCUCAUAGAGAAGAAGGAGAAGGAGAAGAGGGAGAAGCGGGCUCUGGGGAACUGGAAGCUGCUUGUCAAAGGGCUGCUGAUCCGGGAGCGGCUGAAGCUUCGCUACGGGGCCCAGAGUGAGGCGGCUGCUCCCCACACGGAUGCGGGAGGCGGGCUCUCAUCAGACGAGGAGGAGGGGACCAGCUCUCAAGCGGAAGCGGCCAGGAUCCUGGCGGCCUCCUGGCCCCAAAACCGAGAGGCCGAGAAGCCAAAGUGCCCCAGGAAGACCAGGAGGGAGAAGAAGGAAGCGGCUGCCCAGCUGUUCCCGUUUGAGAAGCUGUGACGCGGGCAGUCACCUCCUGGGCGGCUCGGCUCUGCCCCAGACCCUGCUCCCGGGCAGAGUCCCGACCGCGUCGCACAGCCGCUGCAGACGGCUCAGGCGCGGCCUCGGGGCCCCUGUGGUUCCCAGGCAGCUCCCUGCCGCCUCGUGCAGGCAGAGCGGGUCAGCGCGGGCUCCCUCAGGCGAUUCUGCUGCGUGCUUUGCCAGGAACACUUCAGGGCAGCAGCGGACUAGAACAAAGAGCUACAAUGAGGAAAAACAGCGAGACUACACGUCACCAAGAGGCUUCCCAGGCGGCACUGGUGGCAGAGAACCCGCCUGCCAGCGCAGAGACGAAAGAGACGGUGUUUGAUCCUCAGGUCAAGAUCCCCGGAGGAGGGCGUGACUUAAAAGUUGGGAAGAAUGGAUCAGUGUUUAACUCGAUUCUACUCAUUAUUGGAUACAUGUAUAAAGCCCUAAACACUGUAGAUAUUUAGGAGAAAUAACUUUUAUAACAUUUUGAGAAAAAAAUAAAGCAUUUAUCUAAAAAG